UCUGCAUUCCUGUUCCGCUGCCAGCGUCCUCGUCCUCGGAAUGGCCUCUCAAAACCGCGACCCAGCUGUCGCCAGCGUCGCCGCCGUUCGCAAGGGAGCCGAGCCCAGCGGGGGUGCCGCCCGGGGCCCGGUGGGCAAGAGGCUACAACAGGAGCUGAUGACCCUCAUGAUGUCUGGUGACAAAGGGAUUUCCGCCUUCCCUGAAUCAGACAACCUGUUCAAAUGGGUAGGGACCAUCCAUGGAGCAGCCGGCACAGUAUAUGAAGACCUGAGGUAUAAGCUCUCACUCGAGUUCCCCAGUGGCUACCCUUACAACGCACCCACGGUGAAGUUCCUCACGCCCUGCUACCACCCCAACGUAGACACCCAGGGGAACAUCUGCCUGGACAUCCUCAAGGAUAAGUGGUCCGCGCUGUAUGAUGUCAGGACCAUCUUGCUGUCUAUCCAGAGCCUGCUAGGAGAACCCAACAUCGAUAGCCCAUUGAACACACACGCUGCUGAGCUCUGGAAAAACCCCACAGCAUUUAAGAAGUACCCGCAAGAAACCUAUUCAAAGCAGGUCUCCAGUCAAGAGCCCUGACACAAGAUGUCCAGC